AUGCGCCCGACAGCGGGAAUGGCCGGCCGGCAUCCUGCCCGCCACGGCGGCGGCAAGCUGCGACUCAAGGCCGAGCAGGUUCGUGAUCCUGUCGCCGGCAAGGGCUGGGAGAGGGGCGGCAAGCGACGGGCGGGUGAGCGACCUUUUGAGCGUGUGGUGGUGUACCUCAACCAAGACUUCGCCGGCGGGCAGACCGGCUUCUGGACCAGUCACGACGCGCCGGGCAAGAAGGAGCACUGCCGAUUCCUGCGCGACUGUGAGGCCAAGCCGCACGACCUGGUGGUGACGCCCGCGACGGGCAUGGCCUGCUGCAUGGACCAAAACUUGCUGCACGAGGGGCUGCCCGUGACGGCCGGCGUCAAGUACGUGCUGCGCACCGACUUUGUGCACGAGCGCGCGCUGCCGGCGCCCCACCCCAAGCUGGCGGGCCGGGGUGGUGGUGGAGGCAAUGCCAGCCCGCCCCCUGACGGCGCGUCUGAGUGGGAACGGCUGUUUGAGACGAGCUGCAAGAAUUACGCGGACUAA